UGCUGCCGCUCGGCCCGGCGCGCACCUCCUUCUUCCCGGGUGACCGGCCUGCCGCCUCCUCCCUAGACACAGCUUGGCACUCUUUUCCCCGCCCUCGCUGCCGCCACUACACACUCGCUUGCUUCUCUUCAUCUUGUAAUUUCUUUUUUUCUUCUGAAGCCUCCAGUUGGGAGUGCGAGUUUGUAUUUAGCCCCUCCACUCCACUGCCUCUUUUCUUCUCGCUCUCCACCCCCUCCCCAGCUUGUUGUGUGUCUCUUUCUUUUCUCAUUCCUAUUCACUUUUAUUUAUUCAUAUUUAUUUGGCUCCCGCUCUCUCGCUCUUGCUUUCUCCUUCCCUCCCUCUCUCCGGAUUCCUGCCCUCUCCCCGGAGUGGCGCGUCCGGGGCUCCGCCGCUGGCCAGGCGUGAUGUUGCACGUGGAGAUGUUGACGCUGAUGUUUCUGGUGCUCUGGAUGUGUGUGUUCAGCCAGGACCCGGGCUCCAAGGCCGUCGCCGACCGCUACGCCGUCUAUUGGAACAGCAGCAACCCUAGAUUCCAGAAGGGUGACUACCACAUUGACGUCUGUAUCAACGACUAUCUGGAUGUUUUCUGCCCUCACUAUGAGGACUCGGUCCCGGAAGAUAAGACCGAGCGUUAUGUCCUGUACAUGGUGAACUUUGAUGGCUACAGUGCCUGCGACCAUACUUCCAAAGGAUUCAAGAGAUGGGAAUGUAACCGGCCUCACUCUCCAAAUGGACCGCUGAAGUUCUCUGAGAAAUUCCAGCUCUUCACACCCUUUUCUCUAGGAUUUGAAUUCAGGCCAGGCCGGGAAUAUUUCUACAUCUCCUCUGCAAUCCCAGAUAAUGGAAGAAGGUCCUGUCUAAAGCUCAAAGUGUUUGUGAGACCAACAAAUAGCUGUAUGAAAACUAUAGGUGUUCAUGAUCGUGUUUUCGAUGUUAACGACAAAGUAGAAAAUUCAUUAGAACCAGCAGAUGACACCGUACAUGAGUCAGCCGAGCCGUCCCGCGGUGAGAACGCGGCACAAACACCAAGGAUACCCAGCCGCCUUUUGGCAAUCCUUCUGUUCCUCCUGGCGAUGCUUUUGACAUUAUAGCACAGUCUCCUCUCGUCACCUGUCACAGAAAACAUCAGGGUCUUGGAAC